CGCAUGUCUAGAUCGCCCAUAGAUAUUGGAACCGGACGAUCUCGUUCGCGGGCGACGUCCACAUACAGCUACUUAUGCUGGAUUUGAUCUUCGACGCGCGAGACGAGGAUGUCGCAGACGUUUACGUCGAGAUCUAUGACGCCGCAGACGCGGUGGACCAUGGUCUCCCGGAAGGCCGCUCGCAGCGCGUGGAUCCGCCAGUGGGUCGUCUGGCGCGUGUCCUGGUUGUAGACCUGGACGUCGAAGAUGAAAGCAUCCCCCACGACGCGGACGCCCUCGCGGGCGUCGGCCGGGGCGAUUUUGGUGAGGACGUAGUCCUCGUCGGGGCGGGUGUCGCCGAGCUCGUCGACGGCGACCGCCGCGACCGGGGAGUCGUCCGCCGCCAGGAUUCCGUGCAGAUCGUGCACGGGCGGCCGGUCGCCGUACAGGUCGUUCACGUUCCCGAGGGACUGCAGAAAUAAGCACGCCUCGUGCAAAUCGCCGGGGAGCGCGCGGAGGCGCCCAUGGGGCACGAAGCCGCCCGUCGCGCCGGGGCCCUUGCUUGCGGCGACGAGCGCGCUCAGGCGGAAGCCCGCGCGCCGCAGGCUCCCGAGGAUGGUCAUGCACUUGCUUCCGGUCUGGCAGAUACGCUCGUCGCCAGCCACGAAGGGGCACUCGACGUACGCGAACGACGUGCGAUUGAGCGCGGAGGCGUUCGUCGACACCGCCGCCGCCUCGUAGCCCUCUAGGUCCACCUUUGCGUAGAGAAUUUGACGGACGCCGGCGGCCACGGCGUCCAGCGAGUGCUCCGCCGGCACGGCUCCCGUAAAUACGCGGUGCCGCGCCGCGUCGUCGAAACCGUUCGCGCGGAGUGCCAAACCGAGCAGCGCGACGAAGUCUGCGUCGAUCUCCGCGGACCGCGUCGCGCAGCCGUGCGCGGCCGCGAGAAGCGUGAAGUAGCCGACGUGGCUGCCCAAGUCGGCGACGACGCCGUCCGCCGCGCAGUGCCGCUCGAAGAUUCGCCGCGCGAUCACGGACUCGGCACCGCCCCAGCGGCCGUGGUGCCACAGGCUGGCCGCAACGAUGCCGAAGUUCCGGCGGUCCAUGGCCUCGACGCCCAGCGGCGCGGCAACCCAGAAGCUCACGUUGCCCGUCUCGCGAUUCAUGCCGACGCGCCGUAGGCCCACUCGACGGCCGACCUCGCCCGGCACCGCGAGGUAGGCGCACGCCAGCGGGAGCAGCGUGGCCGCGCAAAAGCAGCCCAUCUUUGCAGCCAUUGUUGACAACGUGCGCAGCUGUUAUAAAUGCCCAAAAUUUGCGAGGCAGCAGUGAUGGUGAUAUUAAAAGACGUACGCUUUUCUUGGUGCAUAGAAGUUUCGAUGGGCAGCGCGCGGGCGGCUGAAUCCACUGCAAAACCCGGGACCUCCGC